AUCCAAUCCAUCGCAUCGCCCGCUUAUUGUGCCCUGCGUCGCGCUGCCCGCAAUAAUGGAUCCUCUCGUCGCUGCUGAGCCUGCCAGAGCCAGUCCGUAUACAUAGUCAUCCUUCUCCCCCCGGUGGUUCCUUCCUCUUUCCCUUUCUUCCCUUUCUUCCUUCCCUCCCUCGUGCGCUUGCCCUAUUCGACGUCCGUCCUUCGUUCUCGUCGUCCAGUCUCUCUCUCCCCCACUCACCCGGUUCACUCAUUUGACCGUCUAUUGCAUUGAAGUCAUUCUUUCAACUUCUUGUACUACCCACACUUGCAUCGUGCAUUAACGUCCGUAUCGCAUAUCAAGCCACUUUUGUAUCGAGUCACCCCAUUCACAUUUACAUCUUCCCCCACCAUCAAUAUGCGUUCUAUGUUCUAUCUUGCUCUCAGCGCCCUCGCGACUCUCGCGACCGCUGCCCAGAACCCCUUCAACGUCCCCGACGGUGGUUACGAAUUUGAGGCCGGUAGCCCGACCACCCUCAUCUGGGACCCGACCACCAGUGGCACUGUGUCCCUGCGUCUCCAGUGGGGUGCUGUCUUCACUACCACCACCGGUGAUUCCAUUGCCGAGAGCAUCGCCAACUCGGGUAACUUCACUUGGACUCCUUCUGCCAGUCUUGCUAGCCGGUCCGACUACACCGUCGAGAUUAUCGACGAUGAUGACACUAGCAUCGUCAACUACACCCCGCGCUUCUCGAUUGCCGGUACCACGGGUUCGGUGACCACCAGUGCUGCUUCGUCGACCACGUCUUCUGCCGCUUCUAGCACUUCUUCCUCUUCUUCCUCCAGCGAGCAGUCCACCACUGCCAGUGCCACCACGCUGUCUACGGCCACCGCGAGCACAACCUCUUCUACCUCUUCUUCUUCCACCACUGGCUCGGCCUCUUCCGCAUCGGCCUCGUCUUCUAAGACUGCCUCGUCUAGCUCUUCUCAGACUGCGAGCUCGAGCUCUGCCAGCGCUACUACGACCACGCUGUCGACGAAUGCCGGUAUGACCAACCGGGUGUCUCUUGGAAUGAUGGCACUCGUCCUUGGAGCCAUUGCCUUCAUCUAAGCUCUCCACGACGUCCUGCUUAGCCCGUCCGGCCGAGGGCUGCCAUUUCCAUGGUCGGGUUAAGACACCUUUUUUUUUACUUUCUGGUACAUAGAUUUUGAGCGCCUUUUAUUUACGCCUUCUUGUUCACCCUGUUACACUUCUGACGCCUUGUCGGAACCUUCACUUCGCUUACCCUGUUGGAAUGUCUGAGGCUCAUCUUUGUGUGU